AUGGACAAUGGAAAGGAGCUCGAGCGAAAGUACAUCGGGUGGGUGCAGGAACUUGUUGAGGGCGAGCGCAUGGGCAACACGGCACGCGUGAGCCUCGUGGAGACCCGACUGUCGAGUGACAUGUCGCAGGAGGUGAGUUACCGAGUGGCAGGUCCUGACAGCGUGAUGGAGGGCCUGCGCGUUCUUGGCCGCAUGCAAAGGGAAGCCAAGAACUUUGCAUUGUUGAACGGUAGGAUUGGCAGAGCCAGAAAGAUGCAGGGAGAUGAGAUCAUUGUGGAAGCGCUGUGCCUCACUGACACCAUCGGAAGUGGCUACAAGGCCACCAAGAUGGCAAGUGGGGACCUUCUAGUCGAGGUAAAAGACAAGUCGCUAUUCCAAAAACUGACAAAACUUGUAGCGUUUGGGGACAAACCCAUCACCGUCACCGCCCACAGAACCAUGAACACAGUGAAAGGUGUCGUCUCGGACGACGACCUAAUGGAUCUCACCGACAGUGACCUCUUGGCGGGCUGGAAAGACGAGAAUGUCAUACAAGGGGCAGCACCGCGACGGCAUCAGGCGGCCGCCCAAGGUACGUGCAGCGUGCGGGAGCGACCGUCACUCGCCCCCAGGGCGGGAGCAGCCAAGGCUGCCCUGGCCCCACUCAACACGGCCCCGCUAGAGGCCUCGACAUGCACUGGCAUGAGCCAGUGCAGAGAGCAGACGGUGGGGGCCUCGUCGACCUCGGCUACAGUUGCGCCGAAGGCUUCGUCCUCUGAGACGAAGCCCAGAAGGCGCACGGAUCGCUCGUUAGAGCGACUGUCCGACGCCUCCUCGGAGGCAAUGGACACCACCGCAAGCCAGUCGCUACAGCCCCCCACCAAGCAGCCCCCGGCUGCACCAACCUUCAAAGUCCCGGAGGUCAAUUUCUCACAGACCUCAGGGACGACACCCACAAAUGAAAGGGAUCCUGUCCCUCUUGACAAACCUCCAUCAGCCUCCGCGUCUCCACCGGAAGCAAUGGAGGUGACACCUGGAUCCUCAGCAUCUCUGACGCUGACGGCAUCCCCCAAAGUUCAGCUGCACAGCCACCUGGACACGUACAUCCGUCACGAGACCAUAUGGCAGCUGUCCCAGCAAAAAGAACUUGGUCUGAGCUACAAUACCAUUGAGAAUGUUCGAGAGCGAACAAGACCUGAGAAGUGCACCAGCCUUGACAGCUACCUCAAAGAAGUUCCGAACUUCCUCAGGGCUAUUCUGGGCGACCGCGAUGCACUGGAGCGCGUGGCUUACGAGGCCGGUUUGGACCAGGCGUGCGAGGGCGUUAUCUACAGCGAGAUGCGUAUUCCGCCGCAGCUGCUGGCUGCGUCCACCACUGUGCUCCCGCUAGACGGCUCACCAGCAUCAGCGGUCAGCGCUAGGGAUGUUGUUGACGCCACACUGCGCGGUCUGCGGCAUGCCGAGCGAGAAACCGGAGUCAAGAUUCGGCUGAUACUCACCUGCCUGCGCGGAACACCCGAGUGGGCGCCCGAUGUUGUGGAAUUGUGCCGCGAGUACAUCGGCCAAGGUGUCGUCGGCAUCGACGUCUGCGGCGUGGUCGCGCUACGAUCCGGGUCAGCCGUCCCUUCGCCGUCAGUCCAGUACGGAGAGGAGAUUACCGACCCACUCAUCAUAGAAUCAUUCCAGCGUGCAGCCUCUUGGGGAAUCCACCGGACUGCUCACGCGGGCGAGGCCGGUCCUCCAGCCACAGUGUUGAGGGCUGUGCAUGAACUUCAUGCCGAGCGGAUCGGCCAUGGCUACCGAGCCAUCUUGGAAGGAGGGUGCGCGUACCGGCAAGCACUGUCAGCUGGCGUCCACUUCGAGUGCUGCCUGACGAGCAGCAUACUCACCGGAGCGGUGAACCCUAGUACACAGGAACACCCCGUGCUCAGACUGCGGCGCGACGGUGCAAGUUUCUCGAUCAGUGUCGACGACCCGACGAUCACGCACACGACUCUUGAAGACGAGUACCGCCUAGCGCUCACGCUCGGACUCGACCCCGCCGAUCUGCUCAAAUGCAACCGGUCCGCCAUUUCUGCCUGCUUCUUGCCUCCGGAUGAAAAAUGGGAACUCCAGCAGAAAUUCAACGAACUCUUAAAUGUGGAAAUGUGA